AUGCAAUCCGAGCACCACGAAACCCUCUUCUCCAUAUUUAGCAAAACACACCCGCCCGACUACCUCCCCGACGGCACAAUGACCGAACUAUCCUUCGCCAAGACAUUUCUCUCCUCACUCGACUCCCGCCCUCUCAAACUCGGACCAGAUUACACUGCAAACCCCAAAACCGUCGAGCUGAAUGGACCGUACACGCUGCCCAAGAUGCCUACGCCAUUCAAGCGGGCAACACAAUCGGGGCUGGUAGACGAGGCGGCGCAGAAGCCUAGUGUGCUCAACGUUACGCUGAAGAGCUCGAGGAAUCCGGUGCUGAGUCUAAGCCUGCCGAGCACCGAUUUGGGCACGACGGUGCUUGAUUUCAAGCAGAGGGUGGCUUCGGAUUUGAAGCUCGGAGGAACGGAGAAGAUACGCAUACUGUACAACAAGAAGCCAGCAGGGGAUGUGAAGACGCUGAAGGAGCUUAUCGGAGACGAGCCUCUACAAGCAGGUCAAGAACUAGAGCUAGGCGUCAUGGUUAUGGGAUACAAAGAAGCCGAUGUAGCGAAGACGGAGGAUUCGACUAUGAGAGAUGCAGAGGGAGAGACGUCAAUUGCGCAGGGACCGAGUGGAGAGGAGGUGCUCAGUGCGGAGGAGUUCUGGACAGACCUUAAGGGGUUCUUGGUGCAGAGGCUACGGGAUGAGGGGAAGGCUGGGGAGGUAUUUGAUAAGUUUAGGGGGAGUUGGGAGAAGAGGUAG